UGGAAGAGCGGACCUUGGGAAAGUGCAUUGCCGGUGUUUGGAAGACGUCAACCACCCCCGCUGCUGUUCGGAGACCUUGAGGAUGACCUGCACACACUAGCAUGCCCGGAUGGUUCAAAAAGGCGUGGUAUGGGCUGGCGUCUGUGCUUAGCUUCUCCUCCUUCAUCCUGAUCAUCAUUGCCCUGGCGGUGCCCCACUGGCUGAGUGGGAAAAUCCUUUGUCAGACGGGAGUAGAUCUGGUCAAUGCCACGGACCUGGAGCUGGUCAAAUUCAUUGGGGACAUUUACUACGGGCUCUUCCGAGGGUGUAAGGUUCGGCAGUGCGGGCUCGGGGGCCGCCAGUCCCAAUUCACAAUCUUCCCACACCUGGUGAGGGAGCUCAACACAGGCCUUCACGUGACCAUCCUGCUGCUCCUGUUCCUGGCCUUGGCCCUGGCUCUGGUCAGCACGGGCUUUGCCAUUCUCAACAUGGUCCAGGUCCCGUACCGGGCAGUCAACGGCCCUGGGGGCAUCUGCCUGUGGAAUGUCCUCGCAGGUGGAGUCGUGGCGUUGGCCAUCGCCAGCUUCAUGGCCGCGGUGAAGUUUCACGACCUGACCGAACAAAUCGCCAACUUUCAGGAGAGGCUCUUUCAGUUUGUCGUGGUGGAAGAACAGUUCGAAGAGUCAUUUUGGAUCUGCGUGGCCAGCGCUUCGGCCCACGCGGCAAACUUGGUUGUGGUGGCGAUCAGUCAAAUUCCCCUCCCCGAGAUCAAGACCAAAAUCGAAGAGGCCACGGUCACGGCGGAGGAUAUCUUGUAUUAAUGGCCUUCACCUGCUC